CUUAGGAGAAGUUGUAGGUAUUCACUUUCAACAACAACAACAACAACGGCAGCACCAACAACAGCAACAGCACAUGUGGAUUUGGUGCAUCUGCGUGUUGAAUUGAGUGCUUUCGCAAUAAUCAUGACGGCGGAGAUUCAUCCGUAUUUGACGGAGCCGGAUUUGAUUCUGCUUCGGAAUUUGUUUGAAGACAAUAACGACAGCGAGGACUCUGGGGCAGCAGGACCACAAGACAGCAAACACGACAUACAACCCCAUGGCCACGGCGACAGCGAGACGACGACGACGACCAGUACACCAUCACAACCACAAGAGAGCCUAGAUGAGCACGACCGAGCAGCUCUUCGACGUCUCAAAGCGCUCAACGACCCGAAUGACCCCCAAUUCCAACCCACCGUCUUCGUAACCUGGGAUGACAAGGACAUUCACCCUCUCCUAAACGAGUACAUUGUGCGUCCAUAUGCGCGAAUUGCAUCUCGCAUCGUCCGACACCCCACCGAUGUCGUCUUUCUCACACAUAUCCUGCUCUACUUCACCGUCAACCUCCCCAGCGCCAUCUGGCUCUUUUACCGAUUUUCCUACCUCCACGGCAUCGCACACGUGGCCUUCACAUUCUGGUGCACGGGAGGUUUCACCUUGAUGAUGCAUAAUCACAUUCACAAUAAUGGCGUAUUAUCCCGGAAUUGGGCUUGGCUGGAUUGGACGUUUCCGUACAUUCUAGAGCCCUUGAUGGGUCACACGUGGGAUUCGUAUUAUUAUCACCACGUCAAACAUCACCAUGUCGAGGGCAAUGGACCCGAAGAUCUCUCUUCUACCAUCCGCUAUCAACGCGACGACGUGUGGAAUUUCCUGCACUAUGUCGCUCGUUUCCUGUUUCUCAUCUGGCUCGAUUUACCGCUGUAUUUCUUGCGCAAAAACAAACCUCUUCUGGCCUGGAAAUCUUUCAUUUCGGAAUUCGCCAGUCUUGCGUUUUUCGCCUUUAUGACGACGAAAAUCCAUUUCCAAGCUGGCAUUUUUACCUUGAUUAUCCCUUUUUGUCUCCUCCGUCUCGGCCUCAUGAUCGGCAAUUGGGGCCAACACGCCCUCGUCGACGACGUGGACCCGACGUCGGAUUUCCGCUCAAGUAUCACUCUCAUCGACGUACCCAGUAAUCGAUUUUGUUUCAACGACGGCUAUCACACUGCACAUCAUUUGCAUCCUCGUCGGCAUUGGCGGGAGCAACCCGUACAUUUUUUGCAGUCGAAGCAUCUCUAUGCGGAAGGAAGGGCGUUGGUGUUUCAUAAUAUUGAUUAUUUGAUGUUGACGUGGGCGUUGUUGAGGAAGGAUUAUGCUCGUUUGGCAGACUGUUUGGUUCCGAUUGGGGAGGUGCAGAGGAGCAUGAAUAAGAGGGAAAUUGCGGAUUUGUUGAGGAGUAAGACGAUGGCGUUUUCCGAGGGGGAGAUUGCGGAGAAAUUUGGGAAAGGUAGGACGGCGACGAGGAGUGGAAAAGGAGGUGGUGGUGGUGCAAAAAUUCUUCGUUCGGCUUCGUCGGCGGCGGCGACGUGGAAAAAAGCUGUGGUUGCGAGGGUUUCGAGUUGGGUUCCUGCUGCGUUGGGUGUCAUGGCCAUGGGGCCUGCGGGGGUCGAGGCGGAGGGUGUGAGAUCGAAAGUGCAGUGAGUUUACUUUGGUGUGUGUGUGAGAGAGUGUGAGAGAGAGAGAGAGAGAGAGAGAGAGAGAG